AUGUCACUUUAUCAGUUUGUAUUAAUAAUGAUACAAAAAUUCACACCACGAUCAACAAAUAAUUCAAAAGCUUUUACAAAUUGGGAAAAGAAAUCACAAUGGCUGUUGUAUGAAAUAAUCAAAUACAGCACUUAUAUUGAAAGUCUUGAGAAUUCUAUAUCAUUAAAACUACGAAGACGAAAAGAAAAAGAAUCGCCAUCACCAUUAUUACCCGGUAAAAUUUCAAGUGAAGAAGAAAUUAAAAAGGAGCAAUCAAGGGCAGAGUUUAGAGCUAGGGCACGUAAAUCUGUUCAAAUGUUACAUAGAGCUACGUGGACACCUGGUGAUGGGUUUUCAUUAAGCUUACCUAAAGAAUUGCUGUUUGGUGAUGCAUUAGAUGAUGGUAUUGGAGGCAAUGGUAAUAAGGGUGAUAGUAAUGGCAGUCUAUCGGACAAUGGACCAGAUCGCUGCCAAAAAGGUACAUCGUAUCCAACGCUUGAAAUGAGGGGAGUUGUCGAGGAGGAAACAAAAUUAGGCAAUAUAAGAGAUUCGGAUUAUGGGCUUGGGUAUAAAUGGGUCGACAGAUUUGGAUAG